AACGUUUCGAAACUCUGCGUCGAUGGCUGAGUCUCCGCCACCCACCUGUGGCUUCGACCUUCACGUGAUGAUUUCGACCUUCAAAACUUGGUGGAAAGUGCAUCUCACCUUCUCCCCUCCCGUCGCCAGGUGACAUAAGGAGCUGAGGUUGUCUCCGCUUUUAUCCGUCCCUCUACACCUACCAUCCAAGCAGUGCCCUCUCCAGGAACCCGCCCACGCCCUCUUCAGGAACCCGCCCACGCCUUCUUCAGGAACCUGUCCACGACCUCCUUUCUGGGUCUUCCGUCAGCCUGGCCGUUAGUCCUCGCCCACAACAUUAACCAUGACCGUGAUCUAUACAGAUAAGCUCGCCAGCCGAGGGGGCUUUGGUUCUUUCUGGAAAUUACUUAGCAAAUGGCGUGGUAGUGUUUACAAGAUGGUGUGGCAAGACAUGCUGGCAUACGUCAUCUUAUACUACAGUCUCUCCUUAAUUUAUCGUUUUGCUUUGCCCGAGGAUUAUAAAAGGGAUUUCGAGAGUUUCGUAAUACACUGCGCGCGCUUCCGGAAUCUGAUUCCCGUCUCCUUCGUGCUCGGUUUCUAUGUUUCUCUCGUCGUGAAUCGCUGGUGGGGCACGUACCAGAGCCUUCCCUGGCCAGAUACACUGUCCAUUCUCGUCUCUACACAUGUUAAAGGAGAGGACAACACUUCAAAGGAGAUCCGCGGAACAAUCCUGCGCUAUGUCAACCUUACCAUCGCCCUCACCUUCGCCAUGGUAUCGCCUGUCGUCAAAGCGAAGUACCCUACGCAACAGCACUUCGUUAAUGCGGGCUACUUGACGGUGAGCGAGCUGGAAAUCCUGGACGACCUCGAGAAGAAGACGACACAGCACAAGACGUGGGUGCCGAUCAUGUGGGCGUGUAGGCUGGUGGACAAAGCGAGAGAAGAGGGGCGAGUCAGGAACGCUGCUGCCCAGAAGAUGAUAAUGGACGAGAUACUCAAAGUUCGGGGUAGCUGUGGCGGUCUCAUGGGCUGGAACACGUAUAAUAUUCCUCUUGUUUAUACGCAGGUCGUGACGAUAGCCGUGUACAGCUUCUUCCUGUUCUCUCUCAUCGGCGAGCAGUUCCUCGACCCUGCCCAACAGUAUUACAAAGAAGCCAGCAUCGAUCUCUACGUGCCUUUCUUCGCCUUACUUCAGCUUUUCUUCUACAUCGGCUGGCUCAAGGUGGCAGAGGCGCUGCUGAACCCUUUCGGAGCCGACGACCACGAUUUCGAGUUCCUGCCUCUUUUGGAGCGACAUACCGAGAUUUCGCGCAUGCUGACGGAGCCUUCGCCAAACGAGCUCCCCGCCGUUCUCCAAGGGAAGAAGGAGGACCUCACCACACCUGUAGAAGUCGUCGACGAAGAGGAAGUGGAGAGCCAGGACUUCUUUUUAGUGAAGCCCGACAGCCCCGUCAGGACACUUAGCAGCAGCGUAACCUACGUGACUUGCCAGAUGAACGAGAUUAAUAUGCAGAAUGACGUUUGAGUUGCCACAGAUAGCUUAUAAUUUUUUACGCUUAUUUCAUUUUAUUAUGCGUUCUGUGGGUGUUUAAGCGGUGUAAAGUUAUUAUCGGUCUACCUUUUUACUGUAUUUUAGAAA